GCUGUCAUGAUCUUGACAUUUCGGAUGUCACUGCUGUCAUUCAUUAUGUGAGACCAUCCAUAGCAGGAAAAUCUGCUGAUGCCAAGCCAGUCAUCUGGUUCCAUCUUGUCCUGGGAUGAGCCUGUUUAUCUGCUGAUAGAGGUGUCUGGACCUCCUCCUCUCCCCUCCCUGGUGUGCUAAGCCUGGACUCGGGAAGACCUUUUUCAUUGUUUGGGGUCAGAUGGGAUGCAGCCUCUGAUUUCUGAACUCCAUCCACUGCUGUGACACUGCUGCUUCUUCCUCUCUGCUAUGUGGAUUUCUCCCAGGGAUCACAACACAGGAGAUCUGGAGCUCUGACCUGUCUGUCCCUGACCAUGUGGGUUCAUCCAGAAGAAGUGCUGUUGGCAAACGCCCUGUGGAUCACAGAGAGGGCCAAUCCUUAUUUCAUACUGCAAAGGAGGAAGGGGCAUGGGACCAAAGGAGGAGGGGGGCUGGCUGGUUUAUUAGUUGGGACACUUGAUGUUGUUUUGGACUCAAGUGCAAGAGUGGCACCUUAUCGCAUCCUAUAUCAGACUCCAGACUCCCUGGUGUACUGGACUAUUGCUUGUGGUGGCUCUCGGAGGGAGGUGACCGAGCACUGGGAAUGGCUGGAAGUAAACUUGCUGCAGACCCUCUCCAUUUUUGAAAAUGAAAAUGACGUCACCACAUUCAUUAAAGGAAAAAUACAGGGGAUCAUUGCGGAGUAUAAUAAAAUCAAUGGUGUUAAAGAAGACGAUGAUACAGACAAGUUUAAAGAGGCGAUUGUAAAGUUCCACAAGCUUUUUGGGAUGCCAGAUGAAGAGAAAUUGGUGAAUUACUAUUCCUGCAGUUUCUGGAAGGGUAGAGUUCCCAGGCAAGGAUGGAUGUAUCUGAGCAUCAAUCACCUUUGUUUCUAUUCCUUCUUGCUGGGGAAAGAAGCCAAGCUGGUGAUCCGUUGGGUGGAUAUAACGCAACUGGAAAAGACAGCCACCCUGCUUCUUCCCGACAUGAUUAAAGCCAGCACGCGGUCUAGUGAACAUUUCUUCUCCGUCUUUCUCAACAUCACAGAGACAUUCAAACUAAUGGAGCAACUUGCCAACAUAGCUAUGAGGCAGCUUCUGGACAACGAAGGCUUUGAGCAGGACCGAUCUCUUCCCAAACUGAAAAAGAAAUCGCCCAAGAAAGUAUCUGCCCUAAAACGGGAUUUAGACGCUCGCGCGAAGAGCGAGCGAUAUCGUUCCCUCUUCCGCCUCCCCAAGGACGAGAAGCUGGAUGGACAUACAGACUGUACCCUGUGGACACCAUUCAGUAAAAGACAUAUUGUUGGCCAAAUGUUUGUUUCCACCAAUUACAUCUGCUUCACCAGUAAAGAGGAGAACCUGUGCAGUCUAAUCAUUCCACUGAGAGAGGUGACUAUUGUUGAGAAAGCAGACAGUUCCAGUGUCCUGCCGAGUCCACUGUCUAUCAGCACAAAGAACAGAAUGACUUUCCUAUUUGCCAACCUGAAGGACAGAGACUUUCUUGUGCAGAGGAUAUCUGAUUUCCUGCAGCAAACUACCCUGAAAAUGUACUUUGAUAAGGACAUAUCUGGGAGUGACAGCAGCAUGGGUGAAGAGGUUUAUUCCAGAGCUAGCAGCUUUGUUUCCUGCAGUCCUCAGCUGAGACUCCAGACAGAAGUAGAUGGUGACCGACCAUUAAAUCUUAAUGGCAAUAAUGCUCCAACCGCCACCCAGACCUUAAUGACAAUGUAUCGCAGGAGAUCACCGGAGGAGUUCAACCCUAAACUGGCCAAAGAGUUUCUGAAGGAACAAGCAUGGAAGAUCCAUUUUGCAGAGUAUGGCCAGGGAAUCUGCAUGUACCGCACACAAAAGACAAGAGACCUGGUGCUGAAAGGGAUCCCAGAGAGUAUGCGUGGAGAGUUAUGGCUGCUCUUCUCUGGUGCUAUUAAUGAAAUGACUACUCAUCCUGGGUAUUAUGAAGAGCUGGUCGAGAAGUCAAUGGGUCAAUAUAACCUUGCCACAGAAGAGAUUGAGAGGGAUUUGCAUCGUUCCCUUCCAGAACAUCCAGCAUUCCAAAACGAAAUUGGGAUCUCUGCCUUGAGGAGAGUCCUCACUGCUUAUGCCUUCAGAAAUCCAAACAUUGGAUACUGUCAGGCCAUGAAUAUUGUUACCUCUGUGCUUCUGCUGUAUGCAAAGGAAGAAGAGGCCUUUUGGUUGCUUGUUGCUCUAUGUGAACGCAUGCUUCCUGAUUACUACAAUACAAGAGUUGUUGGGGCUCUUGUGGAUCAGGGCGUUUUUGAAGAGUUGGCUCGGGAUUAUGUGCCUCAGUUGUAUGACUGUAUGCAAGAUCUGGGGGUCAUUUCCACGAUUUCCCUAUCUUGGUUCCUGACCUUGUUCCUCAGCGUCAUGCCUUUUGAAAGUGCUGUGGUGGUAGUGGACUGUUUCUUCUAUGAAGGCAUUAAGGUGAUAUUCCAACUGGCACUUGCUGUAUUGGAGGCCAAUGUGGACAAGCUACUUAACUGCAAAGAUGAUGGAGAAGCUAUGACUGUCCUGGGGAGGUAUUUAGACAGUGUGAGUAAUAAAGACAGCACUUUACCACCAAUUCCUCAUCUCCAUUCCUUAAUCACGGAUGACACAGAGCCUUAUCCAGAAGUGGACAUCUUUACACUGAUAGCUGCCUCUUAUCAGAAAUUUGGAACUAUAUGGGCAGACCUAAUAGAGCAAAUGAGAUUUAAACAACGGCUUAAAGUGAUACAGACACUUGAGGAUACUACAAAACGAAAUGUUGUCCGUACUAUUGUCACUGACACUGCUUUCACAAUUGAUGAGUUGGAAGAAUUGUAUGCACUUUUUAAGGCGGAGCACCUGACUAGCUGCUACUGGGGAGGUAACAGCAGCUCCGUUGAAAGUCACGACCCCUCCCUUCCCUAUCUUGAGCAGUACCGCAUAGACUUCCAGCAAUUCAAAGGCAUGUUCAUACUCCUAUUCCCAUGGGCAAGUGGCGCACACACAGAUGUCAUGGCUGUCCGUCUCUUUAGACUCCUAGAUGAGAAUGGGGAUUGUUUGAUCAAUUUCAAAGAGUUUGUCUCUGGCUUAAGUGCCGCCUGUCAUGGGGAUCUCACUGAAAAACUGAAGCUGUUAUAUAGAAUGCACAUACUGCCUGACCUGACAUCGGACCAGGAAGAGCCAGACUCUGCUUUUGAGGCCACUCAAUAUUUUUUUGAAGAUAUCACACCGGAAAGUAGCCAAGUUAAGAAGACAAGCCAGGAAAAUCGGAAUUAUCUUCGUUUAUGGGCACAAGAGAACAGAUCAAGGCAAAAAGUUGCAAAGGAGUUGCCUAAAUUAAACCAGGGCCAGUUUAUUGAACUGUGUAAAACGAUGUACAAUAUGUUCAGUGAAGACCCUUGUGAGCAAGAAUUGUAUCAUGCCACAGCUGCAGUCACUAGCUUACUGCUUGAGAUUGGCGAGGUGGGCAAGCUUUUCUUUGUCCAGGUUCCAGAGGAAACGACUAAUCAAAGCAUCAAAGAGACUCCAGGCAAAAGUGAAAAAAAGCCCGUGCAGAUAUGCCAAUAUGUUCAGGGGGGAGGUUUCUCCAACAGCCCGGUAUCUAGUGACAAUGCAGAAGACCAGAUGGAGGAAGUUAAGCUAGAAGACUCUUCCCCAAGAGACAAUGGGGCUUGUUCCUCUAUGCUGAUAUCAGAUGAUGACACUAAAGAUGAUAGCUCCAUGUCCUCUUACUCUGUACUGAGUGCUGGAUCCCAUGAAGAUGACAAACUGCAGUGUGAAGACAUUGGUGAUGACACCAUUCUUGUGCGCAGUCAGCACCAAGCUUCUUUGCCUUCAAGCACAAGUCUAGACCAAGACUGGGCCAUAACCUUUGAGCAGUUCCUUGCCUCUCUUUUGACAGAGCCUGCAUUGGUGAGAUACUUUGACAAGCCAGUGUCCAUGAUGGCAAGGAUCACCAAUGCUAAAAAUGUCCGAAUGAUGGGGAAAACGUCCACAAGUGACUAUGACAUUUCAACUAUUUCUGGAUAGAGUUGACCAUAAAAGGACUUUUUUGACUUAAUGAAAACAAAGUUAUACUCUUUUAAUCUUUUUGG